GUCAGUAUGGAGCUCACCUGCGUCCUCCUCCUGGUCCUCCUUGGAGUAGCUACUCUCUCCUCUGGAAUGCCUCUCUCCAGCCCAGAAACAGACACCCGCCUAUUAGCUGAGAGGUACCUUCGCCGGUUUUACAACUUGCCAAACGGGCUCCAGGGAUUGCCCCAGGCCAGGGGCAGCUUUGAGACCAAGGUCAGGGAGAUGCAGGCUUUCUUUGGGCUCAGCGUCACAGGCAGCCUGGACAGCAACACCUUGGAGGUCAUGAAGCAGGCCAGGUGUGGAGUUCCUGACGUCGGCGAAUACAACGUCUUUCCCAGAAACCUCAAGUGGGGAAAGAAGGAACUGACAUACAGAAUAGUCAACUACACUCCUGAUUUGGACAAAUCAACAGUGGACAAGAUGCUCAGUAAAGCCUUGAAAAUAUGGAGCGGCGUGACUCCUCUUACUUUCCAGAAGAUUAACGAAGGCACUGCAGACAUCAUGGUCCAGUUUGGCCGUGGAGAGCACGGAGACUUCAAUCCUUUUGAUGGCGCCAACGGCCUCUUGGCCCACGCGUAUCCUCCUGGCCCAGGUAUCGGAGGAGACACGCACUUUGACGAAGAUGAACUGUGGACGAAAGACUCACAUGAGUACAAUCUGUUCCGGGUGGCUGUACACGAGUUCGGACAUGCCCUGGGCCUGGCCCACUCCACUGACCCCGGGGCCUUAAUGUAUCCCAUCUACUCCUACACAGAGGGCUACCCUCUCUCUGAAGAUGAUGUGCAGGGAAUACAGUUUCUCUACGGAAAGAAUCCUGAUUCGGGCAAAGUAAAACCGAAGCCAGUGGCCCCAAACAAGUGUGAUCCAGAGCUGAGUUUUGAUGCUGUGACCGAGCUCAGGGGGGAAACCAUCGUCUUCAAAGGAAGAUUUUACUGGCGCCUACAUCCAAAUAUGCCUGAACCUGAGCUGACUCUGAUCAAGUCUACAUGGCCAGUCCUCCCCAACAAAGUAGACGCCGCAUAUGAAAACCCACACAAGGACAGAGUCUUCAUAUUCAGUGGUAUUCGUAUGUGGGCCCUGAAUGGCUACGACUUGAUUGAAGGCUACCCGAGAUACAUCCACAGACUAGGCCUGCCCAAGACCAUCAGGAAGAUAGACGCUGCAGUUUACAUCCCAGACACGGGCAAGACCCUGCUCUUCACUGAGGAAGAGUACUGGAGCUAUGAUGAGGAGGCAGGCAAGAUGGACAGCGGAUUCCCAAGAUCUAUCGAAGAUGACUUUCCCGGAAUCGGAGACGAAGUGGAUGCUGUCGCGUAUCAUUAUGGAUAUCUGUAUUUCUUCCAUGACAGUCUACAGUUUGAGUACAGCUACACGUCACGGAAAGUCAUCCGGAUCUUGAGACCAAACGCUCUCCUCAACGCAGUGUGCUAGCCGCACAAUAAGAAAGGACACGAUGUAGCCCACUUAGGGCGACACUACUCUACCUACAUUACCUGUAGGGGACACGACAUCCCAGCGAUGUAACAGGGACUUGAAAGGUUGAAAAAAAGAUGCCAAGACAGUCAUCUUCAGUUAAGAUUUACAAUAUUUUAUGGGCAAACAGGAUAAAAGUCUUUUUAAUCAUGUGAUGCCCAUAAAAUAAAGGCACUGUCGACUUAAAAUAA